UUCUCCAUAUCCUCCACUCUCCCAACCAUACCAGUCAUUAAUUUCUAGUAGAUUUUGGCCAUCGCUACAGCUGUGCUCCUUUGCCAAACAAUUGAAUUCACAACACAACGCGUCCAAACUCCCUAAAUCUACAGCUUUUUAGUCACCAUAGCUGACCGAUUAAUUUUACACAGCAUAUAGAAAUAUGUAGUUAGAUAACAAUUGAUUUGAGACAAAAUUAAAUUCGUCCAUUUCUCUUUCUUUCUUCUCUAUAUAAACAGGUUUCGACAAGUCUCAUUUUAGUUGAGUCUUGGAGAGCAAAACACAGAGAGAGAAAAGAGAAAUACUAAAAAGUAAUAUAACAAGCUGAACAUCUCUCUCUCUCUCUCUUUUGAAACACUUUGCAUCUUCCCCUUGGCUUCUUCGAUUACUAAUCUACUAUAUUAGGGCUGUUGCUUUUAAUCUUUAAACUCUCUACAAGUCUAGUUUGCUAUAACAAAUAUUACUUUUUGCUUUUCACGACAAAGAACGCUUAUUCUACUGGCACAAAGGUAUGCAUAAAGCUUAAAACCCAAGAAUACCCAAGAAAAUCAAGAAACGGACAAGCAAGAAAAUCAAGAAACAGAAAAGCAAGGAAAUCAAGAAAGGAAGAUGGUUAAUACAGCUCCUUUUAGAGAUUGGCCAUGGCAGAACUUUGGAUUGUACAAGUAUCUGCUAUUUGGACCUCUUCUUGCAAGAAUGAUAUAUUCACAAAUUAAUGAAGGUGUUUUCAAGAAUGAUUGGUGUCUUCAGAUUCUAGUUAUUUGUAUUCUUCGAGCAUUAGUUUAUUUCUUCUAUGAUUCUUUGGUUAAUAUGCUUUUUCUCACAAGUACUCGCCGCAUAAAUCCUCAAGGCUAUGAUUUCAAGCAGAUUGACAAAGAAUGGGAAUGGGAUAAUUUGAUAAUUCUUCAAGGUCUAAUUGCAUCCUUGGCUUGUUAUAUCUUCCCUCCAUUCAUUGAAAAUAUUCCUCUUUGGAAUACCAAAGGCUUGAUUUUGAUUUUAAUUCUUCAUGUGGGAAUUUCAGAGCCUUUAUAUUAUUGGGUCCAUAGAUGCUUCCAUGGAAGCUUUCUCUUUACCCAUUACCAUUCACUUCACCAUUCAUCUCCUGUUCUCCAUCCUUUUACAGGUGCAACUGCAACAUUUUUGGAGCAUCUUAUAUUAACUACAAUUACUGGAAUUCCAAUAAUUGCGGCUUACAUGAUGGGAUUUGAAUCAAGGAAUAUGAUUUAUGGUUAUCUACUGGUAUUCGAUUUUCUUACAUGCUUGGGACAUUCUAAUAUCGAAAUUAUUCCUCAUCGAUUAUUUGAGAUUCUCCCAUUCUUCAAAUACCUCCUCUAUACACCAUCAUAUCACAGUCUCCACCACACAGAGAUGGGCACCAACUUCUGCUUAUUUAUGCCUUUGUUUGAUGCAAUAUGGAAAACCCUAAACCGCGAUUCUUGGGAACUUCACAAGAAAAUCAGUUCCAAUGCAGGUAAAAAAGGACCUGUGCCUGAUUUCGUCUUCUUAGCACAUGUAGUAGAUGUUACAUCUUCAAUGCAUGCCCCUUUCGUUAACCGGACGGUGGCUUCGCAGCCCUAUACAACCAGAUUCUUUAUGCUUCCAUUGUGGCCGUUGGCGUUUACGGUGAUGUUAUUCAUGUGGGCUAAAGCUAAAACAUUUCUAAUAUCCUUUUAUAAUUUAAGAGGCCGGCGUCACGAAACAUGGGCUGUGCCUAGAUUUGGCUUUCAGUAUUUUCUGCCAUUUGCUCAAGAGGGAAUUAAUAACCACAUUGAAGAAGCAAUCCUUAGGGCUGAUAGAGAUGGGGUGAAAGUCAUUAGUCUAGCUGCAUUAAACAAGAAUGAAGCUCUCAAUGGUGGUGGAACACUAUUUGUGAACAAACACCCAGACCUUAGAGUUAGGGUUGUUCAUGGAAAUACUUUAACUGCUGCUGUCAUUCUGAAUGAAAUUCCUAAGGAUGUGAAAGAAGUGUUUUUAACAGGAGCUACUUCUAAACUUGGAAGAGCCAUUGCUCUCUACCUUUGCCAAAGGAGAGUCAGAGUACUUAUGUUAACUCUAUCAACAGAGAGAUUUCAUAAAAUACAAAAGGAAGCUCCAUUGGAUUGCCAAAGCUACCUAGUCCAAGUGACCAAGUAUCAAGCAGCCCAGAAUUGCAAGACAUGGAUUGUUGGAAAAUGGAUUACACCAAGAGAGCAAAGCUGGGCACCAAAAGGAGCCCACUUCCAUCAAUUUGUUGUCCCACCAAUAUUGUCAUUCAGGAGAGACUGUACAUACGGUGAUCUUGCAGCCAUGAGAUUACCAGAAGAUGUUCAAGGCCUUGGAAGUUGUGAGUAUACAAUGGACAGAGGAGUGGUUCAUGCAUGCCAUGCAGGUGGAGUGGUUCACCUACUGGAAGGUUGGACUCACCAUGAGGUUGGAGCAAUAGAUGUGGACAGAAUUGAUCUAGUUUGGAAUGCUGCUUUGAAGAAUGGAUUAAAGCCUGUAUCAAAAUCUCAUUAGAAAAAAGGAAAUCAAUCAAUGUUAAAUGAAGAAUUGUGGUUGUAAACAAAAUAAAAGGCCUCUUUUUGUUCUUAAUUAAUUUAUGCAUGGUACAACAAGAAAGAAGGCUUAAUGAUUAAUUAAGUUAGCAAUUUCAACAUGGAAAUUAUCAUCA